AAUGGAGAAAGAAGAAAGACGGAGACCCGGAGAUCAGAACACGGACCCGAACAUUGGUUCUCAAAAUGGAGCGCGCAGUGUUUGGCCGAAGCGAGCAAGGAGUCAAACGAGGAGAGAGCCGAUAACGACCAGGAUAAAUUAUGGCAUCUCUUCCAGAAUUCCGCCACUGCUGUGCUCAGCUCUACAAAGACCGAGUAUGUCACCAACAGGGGGGCUUUCUUUGUGGUGCCGUUUCAGAACGCUGCCACAGCCGUGACCAACCUGUACAAAGAGUCUGUGGAGGCCCACCAGCGUAGCUACGACCUAGGUAUACAGAUCGGCCACCAGCGUCGCAACAAGGAUGUGCUGGCCUGGGUGAAGAAAAGGAGGAGAACCAUCCGKCGAGAGGACCUCAUCAGCUUCCUGUGUGGCCGGGCCCCACCCCCCCGGAGCUCCAGAGCCACCCUCACCCCAGGACACAGACUGACCAUGGUCUCCCCUAACCGGCCUCCCCCGGCCCCUGAGACUGACUCCUCUGUGGAGGCUGACCUCCAGCCCUUCAGAGAGGCCAUCGCACUGCAUGGUCUAAGUGGGGCUAUGGCCAGCAUCAGUGUUCGUUCCGGUACCCCAGGCUCUCCCACCCACGUGGGGGGUGCUGCUGGCGGUGGGGGUGGGUCGACUCCGGUGGGGCGUCGGCGUAACGGUCUCCAUGAUGUGGACCUGAACACUUUCAUCUCUGAGGAGAUGGCCCUGCACCUGGACGCUAACCCCAGGAAACGCAGCUCCGCCCAGUGCAACGACGUCAUAACAGACUCCCCCACCCAUAAACGCAACCGGAUGAUCUGAUUGGGCUGGCACCCCAGGGAGGGUUAAGAGACCUUUGUGGGAGGGGAGGGGAGGGGAGGGGGGGGAGUUCUUCAAACAGACAGACUGAAGGCUGUAUGGCUGUGGAGUGAACCGGCGUUGAGGAGUAAGGAGGCCUUCCAUUUAGUUGAGUGGGUGGUGUGCUCCUGUCCUUGUCUCCUUUCCUAGUUGAGAGCACUUGUCUAAACUGAAAGCAUGCUUGUUGGAAACCUGUCAUCAAUCCUUCCUAAACCCGUUAGGCUGCAUCUACACAGGUAGCCUAAUUCAGAUCUUUUUCCACUAAUUGGGMCUUUUGACCAAUCAGAUCAGUUCUUUUCCCAAUAAUUGGGCAACAGAACAGAAUUGGGCUGUCUUUGUAAAUGCAGCCUUAGUGCUUGUGACUGUGAGGAACGGAAGCGAGGACAGAAAGGCAUCAAGGAGGUUGUGAUGCAGCCCCCUUUGAGGAGAAAUGCACUGUGCUGAUUUGAAAUAAAAAAGAAGCCACUUGAUCCUCUACACUUGUCGCCCCACCUCUCUCUCCUCCCCCCAUCCUCACCCCUCCUCCCUUCCUAAGGAAACGAGGGCCGUGGAAAACGGUGUACUCAGUGAACUAGAUAAUGAUUGAUGCCAGAAGUGGUUCUGUUGGGGAGAUGCCUUCUUUGCUAGAACUUAUUGCUUUGUGUUAGUCAUCCUGCUCAGUGGACAUUGAUGCAGUCUGUGAUGAUGAAGAGGAGGACAUCCCUCACUUGAGAUUUCCUGACUGUGUCCCAAUGGCACCCUAGUCCUACACCCUAGUCCCUACACGGCACCCUAGUCUCUACACCCUAGUCCCUACACCCUAGUCUCUACACACGCACCUAGCCCCUACACCAUAGCCCCCACAUCCUAGUCCCUACACAGCACCCUAGUCCCUACAUGGCACCUACUAUAUAUAUUACAGCAUAGGGCCCUUUUCUAAAGUGUUGCACUAUACAGGUGUUUGGGAGCAGCCUUGCUGUCUCUGUGUCUAGUUUGAUGGCUGUGGGGUCUGAGGGCUGUUGAUGUUUGAUUGUAUACGUUUCCUUUCUGUCUGACAACUUCUUCAGCAGCCAUGUUAGUGACCCAAAAUCCCACCCUAUUCCCUAGAUAAAGUCAACUAGUUUUUGCCUAUAGGUCACUCUGGUCAAAGUAGUACACUAUGUAGGGAAUAGGGUGCUAUUUUGCUGCACUAACCCAGUGUUCAGGUUCAUAUACCUCUGCUGCAGUUGGUUGAUUUAUACACCACCUUGCUUUUUCUGUUGAGGGGUAUUUCACAGUUCAGGAAUGAUCCGUGUUACUUAAUGCUGGGAUGCUAUCUGACUGUUGCCAGACUGACCUCCAGUCAGUGAUGUAGUGUGGAGACGGAUAGGAAGGUAAAAACUAUGAGCACCGUUCACAGUGACUAAAUGUAAUGCUCUCUAAACUUUCAAUGCAUUUUUUUAAAUGUAAAAGAUGGGACAGGUAAACGCUCCCGCAAAUAACCUGUGUUUCUACUCACUACACCUCUGCCCCCCUUUUUCUUCUGAGUAUGUUGAUGUUUUCUGAGUAUUCUGUUCAGUGUGGUUGUGUGUUCACCAUAUUACCUGAUUGGAAUAAUGAUUUUUGCACUUAAGCCUCUUUUUCACAUCUAAAGUCAUGCAAGUUGAUCUUCCACCGGAACCAACCAGGCAGUCCAUCCUCCACCUUGAGGUAUUCAGUCAGACACCACCUUCACCUCCCCACCCUCUGGAACUGGGGGGGUUCACCUGCCACUAACGGAGGAAAACAAGCUGAAAUGUUUUGCUACGUUGUGCUGUAAUGAACAUGCCCCAAACCAGAAGAGAAAGACUGAAAUGUUUUGCUACGUUGUGCUGUAAUGAACAUGCCCCAAACCAGAAGAGACAAACUGAAAUGUUUUGUUACGUUGUGCUGUAAUGAACAUGCCCCAAACCAGAAGAGACAAACUGAAAUGUUUUGCUAUGUUGUGCUGUAAUGAACAUGUCCCAAACCAGAAGAGAAACUCCUGUUUAGUUUUUUUUCCCGUUGCAAAACGUUUUGCUCUGCUGUGCCAUACUGAACACCACCCCAGAUUAAGAGAUGUGGUUGGAGCUAAAGUGGAGGCCCCAGAAACAAACUGACAGAAUGUUAUUUUAGUGAGCGAGGGGGUCUACAUCCCGAUGUCCACACUACUGUUUAGUAUGCCGUAUGAAUGGCCAAUCCAGUGCACUGCUCCAUACUAAGUGAUAUUGUGACGUAGUCUGUCUUCUAAUGGGUGUUCAUUAUUGACUUGUGUUGAUGUGAAAAGAUGCAGUUGCCUGACUAUUAAAGCUGAAAGGGAUAGUUUACCUGAA